AUGAACACAAGAGUGGAACGACUGAGCAUUAGCGAGUCGGAUCCUGCAGUAAGGAAAGAGAUUGCAGCUGCCCUAGGGUCUUCAAGUAGUCUAGGAACCUCAGUAUCCCUAUCGGAGCAAUCUAAGAGAAGAAGGUCUAGUGUUGCGUCUGCAAUACUUGCCAGCGGCAACGUCAAAUCUGGGAAGGACAACACUUCCAAUGGGAAAGUGGCCAAGCGAAAGAGAAGCAAGCGGGGGAAUCAGGGUCCCCUGUCGCUCAAGAUAGCCCCGCGGUUUCUUCAACACGAGGUCAAACGGGAGAGCAAUGUUGCCAAAUCGACAAACACCAUCUCGAUAAAAUUCCUUCGUGAUUUUGUGCAGUACUUGUACCGAGGCAAGCAGUUGAAUGUCCCACUAUGGAUUGAUGUUGAAGGAAGGAACAAUUUAAACAAAUUGGUUGUACUCUUUAUGCCAGGGCUGGAACCCUUGGAUUUCCAUCUUUCAAAGGGCGCCGAUUUCGAUACGAAUGGGACCCGGAUGAACGAAGCGUCUCACUUUACACUGGGGGACGACGAUGGGGCAAACAAUGAGAUGCUUUCUAAAUAUGAAAACUUCCCGGUACUUUGUCCCGGUUCCAAAAUGUCACUUUUUUCUGCUUAUAAUGCAUUUUUAAACGUACCACUGACUAAAAAUGAAAAAACCACACUGAUCGAUGAACUUUCGAGGAAGAAAAUUGAUAUAACAGAUUUGUUUGCGACAUUAGAUCAGUUAGUCGAGCAAGAUUAUCCUAUUCAUCCAUCUACAGUCGGGGUCACUGAAGAGAACAAGGCGGGUUUAGUCAAAUCGCAGUCAGAUUUGGACGUUCAAUGGGUCAAUACCGAGUAUCCCCCAACUGGAGCGACGGGAGAAUCCCACAUUUACGGGCUGGACUGUGAAAUGUGUAUGGCGAGUACUGGACUGGUUGUUACGAGGGUAAGUUUGGUUGAUUUUCAGCUGAACGUAAUAUAUGAUGAGUUGGUGAAGCCCGAUAUACCCAUUAUAGACUACCUGACCAAAUAUAGUGGUAUCACUAAGGAAAUGCUGGAUCCGGUGACAAGAACACUGUCCGAUGUCCAGGAAGAGCUUUUGAAACUGGUCAAUGCUAACGACGUGCUAGUUGGGCAUUCUCUUCAAAGCGAUUUUAACGUGCUGCAUUUAAGACACCCAAGGAUCGUUGAUACAGCUAUAAUUUUUGACCAUAAAGCAGGGCCACCUUUUAGACCUUCGCUGAGAUACCUGGCUCAAGAAUAUCUGCAUUCAGACAUUCAAUCCGCUGGUGGGAACGGGCAUAACCCAAUAGAGGACGCCAGGACGGCUAUCCAGUUGUUGAAGUUGAAAAUAUCCAAAGGGUUGGCCUUUGGUAGCUCUGUAGACACUGAAAAUCUGUUUCGUCGGUUAGGGAGAUUAUCAUCCAAGCGUACAUUGUUGGUUAAUGAUUCUGUUGCGACAACAACAUCACAAUCGAUGUCCAAUUGGGUCUCCAGUAUACGGUGCAACUCUGAUAAGGAAAUUAUGGAUCACAUUGUGGAAGAGUUAUCGAAUUUUGACAUCUUUGUCGGUAGAUUGCGUGAUUUGGAAUUCAGCAGAGGAUAUGCGGUACCCUCACUUCUAUCGAAGAGAGAGGUCCCCGAUGAUCCGCAACUGAUAAUCAGUACAUUUAUGGAGAAACUGAGAUCUCUGUAUGAAAAGUUACCAAGCAACUCGAUGAUUCUGCUUUUGAGUGGUGCUGGUGACACCAAGGAUUGGACCGCCAUAUGCGAUGAGUUGAACAAGAUAGACGCGAAGGAGGAUAAGAUGAAAAAAAGGUUGGAGCUUGGGCCAAGGAUAGAGGAGGCUCUGCUGAAGGCAAGAGAUGGUGUUGGAUCCAUCAUUGUUAAGGGGGAAUAG